AGGUUGGGCAGGGGACCAGGACGCACUGACGGGUUGUUGUGAUGCCGGAGAAUGUGAGCGGGAGGCCCGCGGAGGCCGAGCUGAUGGGUCCGCUCCGUUCACACCACAGCCGCGAACCGUCGUACGUUACCUUCUGUAACUGUACGGGCCGCAGCGUCCUGCCCGUUUGGAUCAACUACCGCGGCGAUCCCGUGCCGUACGGCACUAUGGCGGCACAGAGUGGGCGCAGGAUGAAGACAUUCCUCGGCCACCCGUGGAUGUUCCGUGAUGCUGUUUCUGAUGACCGGCUCCUCGUCAACGGGCAUGAGGUCUUUGUACCACCCCCUGGACAGGUUAAUGAAAUUGGACAACCACGCUACAUCAUGGUUAACAUCACUAUACCAGUUUAUACACUAAAGGAGAGGUGUCUGCAAGUGGUGCGGAGCCUGGUGAAGCGAGAGGACUACAGAAACCUGGAGAUUGUUGGAUCACUUUAUGAUGAACUGGAGGAUCAGCCCCAGAUCCUGAAAGAUCUUAAGCGAAUUCAAAGGCAACUUGCUGAAACAGAGGAGACCUUAGCUGACAGGGAGUCUUGAGCUUCUUCCACUUUUCUUUCACCUAUCCUCCCUUCCCCUAAUCCCCCCCACCCCAAAUUAAGACUUGUACAUUGUGUAUAGUCAAACUGCAAACAUCGCAGUCUAUAUACAGAGUAGAAUGGACCACAUCAGUUAUUUAAAGUGUGUUGUAUGCCUAGUAGGUUUGUGUUGUAAAGUGUAAACAAAACUUUCUUCUGAUCAUCUAAAUGCAUAGACCUUUACUGUACAUUAAAUUUUCAACUUUUGAUCUUCCUCUUCCAUUUUCAAACAGACACAGAAUGUGGAGAAACUCAGCAGGUCUGGCAACAUCUGUGGAAAGAGAAACAAAUUAAUGGUUAGAGACCAGUAUGACUUCUUCAGAAGAGUCAUACCAGACUCAAUGUUAACUCUGUUUCUCUCUCCAAAGAAACUGCCAGACCUGAUGAAUUUCUCAAGCAUUUUUGUUUUUAUUUCCGAUUUCACUAAAUCAUGCAAGCAAUGAAUACCUUGUACGGUACCCUUAUCUCCAUGAUAGUUCUGUAAGGCAAUACUGCAAAAGCUUGAGUAUUGCUGACAAAAGUGGCAUGCUGUCAAGAUUCAUUGUCUUGUACUCAUCAGAGCAGAUGCAAAAUCAUAAAUUUCACGGGGAGCAACAAUUUAUACCUGCACUCGAAACAGGAUCCUGAUUGGUCUUACCUUGACCAAUCAGUUCCCUAGCUAAACACUCAGCAUCCUAUUUCUUAUGCAGUACAAAUUGUUCCUUUGGGGUUUGGUGUUCUUGUGAUUUUGACCUAAUGAGUAGAGAACAAAAGCUUUGGCAUUGUGUCGGUCUUUUCAGCAAUACCUGAUGUAUUAUUGAUCUGUAUGGACAGUGUGGUCUCAGAUUUGGUCUUCCAUUCAUGUGGCUUCUUAGCCACACUCACUAAAUUUCUCAAGAAAUUGCAGGGAUGCUAGAUAACUAGAUGCUGCAUGGGCAGAUGGAAUGAGGUACAUCAACUGGAAAAUGAGGUAAUUUGGUGGCCAAUACUUACUGUAGCCGCAGGGGACUAUUUAGACUUGCAGUUAUACGGACCUUGCUACUAUUCCAUACUGAAAACAUUCUGGUAAAAUGGUCUAACAAAUUUCUGGAUUUAUUGAUGACUGCCUUCUAUUUGUGGGUCUAUUGUGGGUUUCCCUUGGGAUCAGCAGUACAGGUCAGGUCCAACAAGCCAGUCCUAAAGAAGGAUUCUGACCUGAAAUGUUGACUUUCCUGCUCCUCGGAUGCUGUCUGACCUGCUGUGCUUUUCCAGCUCCAUGUUUUUUUGACUCUAGCUUUCAGCAUCUGCAGUCCUUUCUGUCUCCAGGUUCAACAAAUGUUCAGCACAGCCUUAAUAUAGCAUCUUUUCAGUAGUAUCUCUCUAGAAAUAUCAGUGCCUUAUUUUCUUUUAAUGGUUAGUGAUCUGUUCUACGUUACUACAUGUGAUUUGUGAACAGUAUUUGUAAACUGGAUCCCUUUGUUCACCUCUCCCAUUUUCCAAUGAAUAUGUUUCUAACUAGAAUGUACCACAUCCUAUUAAAGUUCAUUCUGCAUACAUCUGGUUGUCUCCCUAUAUGUUGGUGCAGACUUUUUGUGUUUAGCUCCAUCCACUUGCUUACCAACUUAGAAAUGUAAUUCCAGAUUCAGGUCCCAAGAUCAAAUGUGGACCCAACAUUGACCCCGAUACAGCAUUUUUGUUUUUUUUUUGGUGUUGUGGCUCCAUAAGGUUUGUUUUCCAUCCUCUACAACAGGUACAGUUAUCCCUUGCCCACCCAAAAUCUUUUGCCAUAAGUAACUUGUUCAUAUGGGAUCCCAGACAGUACAAGUGUGAUAUUCUGCUGAAAAUGUCAUCAAUGAUCUGUGAUACUGAAGUCAGCACAAACAUUUUGACAGACACCACCCCUGAGCUUAUCUCUUGCUGAGCUAAACUGACAAGGAAACGCAGUCUUCAGAACAUGAAGUCAGUGACCCCACGUCUCACGACUGAAUUUAAAGAAAAACCUGCCAUGAAUUUCUGGCUGAACAUUUUGUGUCGUUUAUUAUCUUUUCUUUAGAAAACUGAUUUCUGUACAACAAAUCCACGUGUAUAUUUUGUAUGUAUCAUCUGAAGAUAGUUAUUAAAUGUUUGUUCUACACUCUCAGUCUUGUGUGAUUCUUCCGUCUAACUCUGAGCACUGCAAUGCAGUGAUAGAGACAGUAGGAACUGCAGAUGCUGGAGAAUCUGAGAUAACAAGGUUUUAUAGCUGGAUGAACACGGCAGGCCAAGUAGCAUCAGAGGAGCAGGAGAGCUGAUGUUUCGAGCCUAGAGGGUCUAGGCCCGCAACGUCAGCUUUCCUGCUCCUCUGAUGCUGCUUGGCCUGCUGUGUUCAUCCAGCUCUACACCUUGUUAUCUCUUAAUGAAGUGAUAGGACUGGAUUGUGGAUGAUGUUAGAGUUUUGUGAUAGUUACAACGCGUGAAAACUAAUGCAGAUAAUGCAGUAAUUCGUCCAUUGGCAAGUCGCUGGUUUCAGGAUGGUGCUGUACUGUCUACUCUUUGUAAUAACACAGUGUGGAGCUGGAGGAACACAACAGGCCAGGGAGCAUCAGAGGAGCAAGAAAGUUAACAUUUCCGGUUGGGACCCCUCUCCAUGAAGGGGGCUCUGAAAUAAAUAGAGAGAGGAGGGGUGGGGCUGGGGAAGGUAGGUGGGAUGGCGAUAGGUGAGUGCAGAUAGGGAGUGGUAGAGAUUGGUCAGUGAAGUGGGAGGAGUGGAUAGGUGGGAGAGUGAAUUUUUUAAAAAAAACCUGCCAUGAAUUUCUGGCAGAAUAUUUCACAUCAUUUAUUAUCUUUUCUUUAGAUAACUGAUUUCUGUAUGGCGAAUCAGUGUGUGUAUUUUGUAUGUAAUAUCUCAAGAUAGUUAUUAAAUGUUUGUUCUACACUCUCAA